CAACACGGUUGACACGUCAGCGCUCUCGCCGCAUCCAAUAUAGGGCCCCUGAAUGUCUCCGUCAUCAUCUGUCCCGCGGAGUCCGCUUCAGCCUUCUGCCAACGUUGUCGUUUAACGCCUCACCCGUUUUCAACCCGCACAAUCUACCUCUUCACCAAAAGACUAUCCUCCAUACGUCUCUCCGGGCUUCAAAUUUUCUCGAGAAAAUCUAGCUCCCCCAGAAAUCCUCGCUGCACUAAUAGACUCCUACACACACAUAUAACUGUAUAAAUUAAUGGAUCGGCGGCGGACGGGAAGUCCGGUGUAUUCGAGGCAGUGGAGCGGGGGAUCGAGCAGUACGGGUUCGUCUUCGCCGGCGAUGUCGCCUGCACAUCCGAGUUCACGUCUGGGACCGGCGACAAAUGCCUUCUCUACUGUGAAGCGCACGCAGAACGUGGCAGCAAAGGCUGCCGCACAGCGCCUGGCUCAGGUCAUGGCGUCGCAGGCCUCCACUGACGAUGACGAGGAAGACGAUCUAACGUUCCGAUUCAGUGUCCCCACACCUCCUGCUCCCUCUAUUCAUUCCAGUACUGUUAGGAAUGGUAGCAGUAAUAUUACCACACCUACGAUUUCGCUCACUCGGCCAAAUAGAUCUCCCUCUCCCGCGUUAGGUCGGAACUUUGUAGAGCAUGCUCCUUCAGUUCGCUCCACAUCGGCUGGAAGGUCGUCCAUGUCUGUUCGGUCCACGAAUUUGGUGCCACCCAGCAAAUCUUCAAUUAAAACUCAAGUUUCUUUACCGCCCAUUGAACCUCCUAGUCAUAUGAAUAGACAUAAGAGGUUUACAUCAGAUGUGGGGCAACAUAGCUCAAAGGACACAGGAGACCAGCGUGAAGCAUCUGCACUUCGUGACGAACUUGAUAUGCUACAGGAAGAGAACGAAAAUAUAAUUGACAAGCUUCGCCAUGCAGAAGAAAGACGCCAGGAAGCGGAGGCCAGAGCUAGGGAGCUUGAGAAACAGGUUGCUGCUCUUGGAGAAGGUGUAUCCUUAGAGGCUAAAUUGAUAAGCAGGAAGGAAGCUGCAUUGCGUCAGAGGGAGGCUGCACUUAGAGCUGCCCAACAGUCAAAUGAUGGGAGACAAGAGGAAAUUUCCGCUCUUCAUUCUGAACUUGAGAACUGGAAAGAAGAGGCGGCUACAGCUUUGGAACAUCUCCAAGAAGCAGAAUCUGAAACAAAAUCCCUUCGCACAAUGACACAGAGAAUGAUUCUGACUAAGGAAGAAAUGGAGGAAGUUGUCCUGAAGAGAUGUUGGCUUGCUCGGUACUGGGGUUUAGCUGUACAACAUGGCAUUUGUGCAGAUACAGCUAUCUCAAAGCAUGAACAUUGGUCUGCUCUAGCUCCUCUUCCCUUUGAAGUUGUCAUCUCUGCAGGGCAAAAGGCUAAAGAGGAGUCAUGGGAUAGAGGUGGUGGUGACCGAGAUAGAAGUAAACUUGCCCGAGAUUUGAAUGAUCUAAGUGGAGAAGGAAAUAUUGAGAGCAUGCUCUCCGUUGAAAUGGGCCUGAGAGAAUUAGCAUCGUUAAAGGUUGAGGAUGCUGUGGUGCUUGCAUUGGCUCAACACAGACGACCGAGUAUGGUUCGACAAUCCUUUUUAGAUUCCAAAUCAACUGGUCAACCCAAGUUUGUGGAGGCAUAUGAAUUAAGUGAAAACGAGGCAGAAGAUGUUCUAUUCAAAGAGGCUUGGCUGACAUAUUUUUGGAGAAGAGCCAAAGUGCAUGGCGUGGAAGAGGAUAUUGCGGAAGAGAGACUUCAGUUUUGGAUCAGUCGCAGUGGACAAUCACCAACUUCGUAUGAUGCUGUGGAUGUUGAACGAGGAUUGAUGGAGCUGAGAAAGUUGGGAAUAGAGCAGCAACUAUGGGAAGUAUCUCGCAAAGAAAUCGGUCAGCCCUCUUCGGCCUUGAUUGCUAAUCACACACCUCCCACUGAUUCAGAGGUCUCUACUUGAUGGAUGCGGCCUUGAUUUGCUGCCAUUUUUUUCCAAAGUUGCUUCUUCUUUUUAAAAUAUUAUUGCAUCUUAACAAGUUUUGUGUGUCAAUUUUCCCGUGUACGUGUUUUCCCCUUAUAUUACCAUUCUCUAGCUUGCCGCUGCGUCCAUUGCAUUUCCCCAUGGACGUUAAUAUUCCUGAUUUAGGUUCUGGGCCUGUAAUUAGUCUUGUGUAUAAUUGUAUAUGAUGGGUUGGCGCCCAAUGAAGAGUUAAAUGCUUGGAAUUGAUUUGUUCAAUUUAAUAAAUUUUGAUCUUGUUGCUUAUA